GAAACGGUGCGCCGAAGUUUGAAAGACAACCCGGCGCUUUUAAAAUAAAUAUUAUUAUUUUUCUGCAAAAAGGAGGGAUUAAAAGCAGUACUUGUUGCGGGGUCGAAGCGCUGCAUUGGCUGCCUGUGUGUGUGAGAGUGAAUGAUGCUGUUUCCUGUCUUACUGUACAUGACGUGCGUGCACUCUGGCCGUGUGUCUGGGCGGUCUGUGCAUCAUGUGAGGCUGUUGUACAGUAACCCGGCAGCGACAUGGCAGCAGCGGCGCUUGCACACUGAGAGCCCGGGCGGGCUGUCACUCACCGCCCGAGCGCAGCGCUCGCGCUCCAUUACUCAGCUCUUUUUUUUCCGCCUUCUCCCUCCGCUUGCACAGAGUCUCCGCAACCUUCAGCAAGUGUCAGCCUUUCCGACAUGAAGGAAAAACAGAAGAAAAAGAAAGGACGAACCUGGGCGGAGGCAGCACGAACGGUACUGGAGAAGUACCGAAAUACACCCAUGAGCCACAAAGAGAUCCUCCAAGUCAUCCAGCGUGAAGGAUUAAAGGAGAUCAGUGGCACCUCUCCAUUGGCUUGCUUGAAUGCUAUGCUUCACACUAAUUCUAGGGGAGAAGAGGGUAUUUUCUAUAAAGUACCUGGUCGUAUGGGAGUAUACACAUUAAAGAAGGAUGUCCCAGAUGAAAUGAAGGAUCUUUCCGAAAUGUGGGAUGACAGCAGUGAUGGUCAAUCAGACUCGCAGAGCACAGAGAGCAACGAAAAAAGGGAAAGGAAAAAAAUCUCAUCCAGGUUAUCUCAACCAGCCUCGCCUCAGUCAAGUUGUCCCUCCCCCUCCAUUGCACAGAGUAAGGUUAUGUCUCCAUCCCAGAAGCACAGCAAGAAAGCUCUCAAACAGGCUUUGAAACAGCAGCAGCAGAGAAAACAGUGCCGUCCUGGUUUAACAGUCUCCUCCAACCCAAGGCUGUUGCUGAAGUCUGUGAAAGCAACUGACCAAGGAGGGCCAAAGAUUGGCUGGGAAAUGAAGCAAUCUGAUGGGCGUUCUCAGAAUUCAACCUGCAGUUCAUCAGCAUCUGGCAAAAUGGAUCAAACCCUGUCUGGACUGGGCAGGAAGCCCUCUCAGAGAUCUGAGAGGCUCAAUGCAAGACAAUUGAAAAGAACAAAAGCCAUGGACAUUGACGUAGAAACACCAGAUUCCAUUCUUGUGAACACAAAUCUGCGGGCCCUUAUCAAUAAGCACACAUUUUCUGUUUUCCCUGGUGAAUUCCAGCAGCGCCUGCUCCUCCUGCUUCCUGAAGUGGACAGACAGAUGGGGACGGAUGGCUUCAUGCGUUUGAGCACCUCAGCACUGAAUAAUGAAUUCUUUACUUCUGCAGCCCAGGGCUGGAAGGAACGGUUAUCAGAGGGAGAGUUCACUCCAGAGAUGCAGCUGAGAAUACGACAAGAGAUAGAAAAGGAAAAGAAGGUGGAACAGUGGAAAGAAAGCUUUUUUGAAAAUUACUAUGGUCAAAACUCUGGUAUAAGUCUGGAAGACUCGGAAAAGCUGACUGCAUCAACAAAUAACAUAGAGGAUUGUCAGUAUCCUGCAACCAAACAAGCCCCCGUCCAGUUGGCCACACUUGAUACCUCCAGCAAGGCAAGAACACAGAUUGAGGCUAAAGGAGUAAAGGACAACAAAACAGGAACCAAAGAAGUAAGAACACUAAAAGGCGAAGAAAAGGCUGUGAAAACUGAGAAAUCAACUGCAUCUUCAGAAGAGUGCAAGAACAAAGCACCAAUUAUUAAAAAUCUUGAAGAGAAAUCCUCUGGAAUCAGUACUCUGCCUGAGAAAAAUGUGGAUCAUGUCCAGAGUCCGUCAUUGCUGAAGCAAGAUAAUCAGGCAACUGGGCCCAGACCCGUUACCUGCCCAAAACCUAAAGUUGUGGUGGUUAAACCAGAACCUAACCAAACUGAGUCCAAACGGCAACUGAGGUCAGAAAGAUCAGACGUAUCUGACAGUAAAAAGCCUGAGACUAUUGAAUCUGUGGAGAAUAAGCCCCGUGAGCUUUCUAAACAAGACCAGCUUGUAAAAGUGGCUUCUGCAGAGGAAAUGGAAGUUACUGCAGAGGGUCUGAAAAGGAAGUCGAAUGACGACAGAGAAUCUGUGCUCAGCCCCGAGAAAAAACCCCGUGUUGUGGACCAUCCGUUAUUUCGGAACCCACCUGAGGACUUUCCCAGGAAGAAAAUUGAGCCACAAGAACCCAACGUCUCACCUCUUAAGAUUCCAGUCUCCAGGACCAGAGCGGUGCAAAUCCCUAUUGCUCAGGUCUCUCCCAGGGCCACUCUCCCACUGUUCUUCACAAGUCCAGGGAGAACUUCAGCCAGGACUCUUGCAGACAUCAAGGCUAAAGCUCAGCUCGCCAGAGCACUGCAUGCAGCAGCCGCAGCAGCUGCAGCAGCAGGCGCAGCCGUUCCAGGCCCCGGUCCAGGAGGAGGGAUUGAAGGUGGGGGAGGGACAGGCGCUGGGACCUCUGGGCAGGGGAGCACACUGGACCAGGACAGAACUGGAGGCAGGAGAGGUCUUGGAGGGCCCCUAUCCAUUUGUCCAGGGGAGCAAUCUAAACCGCGUGCGGAGGCAACGACCGAGGCAGGAGCCAGUGUGGAUACGAGAACACAACUACAGCCGGCGGCCAUGGCCCGGUGCAAAUCUGCAAUCUGCGACGUGGACUCUAACAAACUCACAGCACCAGCAUUAACGUCACCCAGUGCACAUAAAGCAGUAUCUGUAGCUGUGCAAACACCCUUACAGACACCCACAGCAACGACAAACGUGACUGCAAAUAAAACCUCUCCUAGUCCUAUGCAGACGCACACUGUAAAGCAGACAUCCAGUCCUACUAUGAGAAACGUUUUGAAACUUGCACCUGUCGUCAAAGAUUCAGAAUAUGCAAAGGCAGCAAUUCAGAGCUCAGAAAAUGUUGCAAUGCACAAUAAAUCUGGUGAAGGGGGGAAUCAGCAACCUUCAUUAGAUUCUAAUGACAGAGCAUCUAAUGUGGACAGAAAGCUGCCGGCUGAUACCCAGCUGCCUUCCCUUUCUCUUGAUGCAAAAAGGAACCUUCAGGUUGCAUCUUCAUCCAGUACCUUCGCCACAGCAGGUAGUUGUACAUCGGUGGCAACAGCGGGCACAACUGGAACUUUAAAAGUGGCCCCUCCAGUUUCAGAAGCAAAUGCUAAUGUGGAGAGCUGUGUCAUUACAUCAACUGCAUCUACACCAUUAUUUUGCACCUCCCAGAUUGCAGCCAGCCUUAAAACACAAGUACCCGUUAGGGAAAUCAUGCCAAAAAACAGCUUGUCUAUCCCUGCAAACAAUCCACUGGUUACACAAUUGCUUCAAGGGAAAGAAUUGCCACUGGAGCAAUUCCUACCUAAGGCACUGACCAAAGUCGAGAUGAAGCCUGUAUAUCAGUUUUCUGAAACAGCACUCAAUGAUAAAGUGAAGACAUCGUCUGAUGGCACAGUAUUGGUAUCUGUGGCGGUGGGAGGUGCCACCACUGUGAUUCACAGAUCUGGUGAAGUAGCUGCUGACCUUAUCAAAGGAAGGCAAACCCAGACAAUUGUCGACCAAGGUGUUGAAUCAAUUGCUCAGCGCAGACUGGAAGAGCAGUUUGAACAGACUUCAAAGAACAGUUCCACCAGUGAAGAGCAACAAAGCAGGGACUCUGAUCAAGACUGCAUUCAAUCAGAAUUGUUCAACAGAUCGCACGAUAGGAUUCCACUGCCCACACUGAGCAGUGUGCAGAGUCAAAGCUUGGCUCCUCUGUCAGAAUCAUUACAAUAUAAGUUUAGCAGCUCAGGUUUUCCCUCUGAAGAUGCUUCAGUGGGGCCCAGAUCAAGAUUUGGUUUGAUGGGGACAAAGUCUGCCCUUAAGCCAGCUGUGUCUGGUCAUUACUUGCUUAAUACGGCAACCUACGGCAGAGGCUCAGAGAGUUGGAAAAGAGCACAUGGGCAGAGUACUGUGGCCCGGGCUGCCAUCAAUGGUCAGCUGGAGACUCCAGAGAAGCAGCUGAAGGAAGGCCAAGCAAAAGCAGCCGAUGCCGGCAUUCAGCAAGUGUCGGAGUCAAUCAGCCGGUCCGAGUCCUGCCAUCCAUCUGUAGUCAUCAAGACCGAGCAGGACGCUUCCCAGGCUGGUGGUGAUGGUGUCCCCUGCCCACAGGCAGCUUAUAUCUCCAGUGGAUUUGUGAAACAGGAAGCACUCGCCCAUGAACACAGACACACUGGGAAGGAAAACACUCCCUUGUUGCUUCUUGCCCAGGUGGCCGGUGUACCUGUGUCUAAAGAAUACCAUCAAGGAAUCCAGUCACAUCUAGCUCAUGCUGGUGGCAGCAAAUUGUUGCCGAGUCAUCAAGACCCUAAUAAAAUGCCUAGUUUAUCUGUUGGAUUUCAGCAGCCCGCCCAGCAUCAACAAAGGUUUCCUGCUUAUGGAAACCGUGCAAGUUCACAAUUUGCAUUCAGACCGGUUCACAGUGGUAAUAACAAUGUUCCUUCUGUUUCGCCUGCAAAUCAUUGCUCUGCUGUCAAAGGACUGUCUGUGUACAGCCAAGUCUCGAACAGCUCUGGGAAUAUGGUGUCCUUCUCGGUUACUGUGACAACACUUCCUGCUGGUCCAUCAAUAAACACCAACACUCAUGGCCAAUCUGCACAGACUUUUUCUGAAAGUGGCAAUAUGGAGGACUCACCCUCCAAAUGUUAUUGCAGGCUUAAAGCCAUGAUUAUGUGUAAAGGAUGCGGUGCAUUUUGUCAUGAUGACUGCAUUGGACCAUCUAAAUUAUGUGUUUCCUGUUUAGUGGUACGAUAGAUAACAUGGUUUAUUUUUGUUCAAAAUGUAACCUGGACUGGCAGUGCCAUGCACAAGAGACGUGUACAAUCAGGAAAAUGUUUGUAUUGAUUUAUUACAGUGGCACCUUGUUGUAGGCUUGACUGGUAUGUGUUAAAUGAGACAUAGAGUUUGCACUAAAGAUCAUGUUCAGAUUUUAUUAUUCUAUUUUUUUUCCCAAAAAAACUUUGAACAGAAGCAAACAGGGUAACUCGUAGAAAUGUGUUUGAUAUAAUUUAAAUGCCAACUCAUAUUAACGGGGGGCUCAUAUAUUCUUGCUUUUGGCCCCUUAUAAAAUUCAUUUGAAGAAGCAUAUUUGAAAUUUGCUUAGGUGGGAAACACUGCAUUUGCUGCUCAAAUUUCUUUCCCCUGAAUUUAGACAAAUCAUCCAGCCUUGCACCGGGUUAUGGAAUUUUCAGCUUGUCACAGUGAUGUCUGUCAACCUAGUUCUAAAUCUGCGUGGUAAUUGCUGUGCUUGGUUUUGCAUGUAUGUGAUUGGUAAAAGUUGGAAGAGGAUAACGCAGCUGCAAUGUCAAUGAGGAAAAUUAAGUGCAGCCAAAAUCAUAAGUCUCAUGAGUUGGUUUUGCAGCUGGAGAUGAUGGCUGAUGUGAAAUUAGUGCAGAAUGAAUUACACCAUGACUGACUUUAAAUGAGAGAAUCUCUGUCAGGCAUUAGCUUUUUCAAAACUGCCAGGUUCCACUUGAAGAUCAACAAAAGCCGAGGAUACCAAUUGAGAGUUUGACAUGAUAAUAUAUGGUCAUCAUCAUCGGCGGUCACUCGAAACGAGCAUGACUGUCCACUCCAUUCCAUAGGGUCGUGCACUUGUGGAUCUGCAGAUGUCUGUAGAGGCUGAUACACGAUCCACACACCUUGGUGCAAUGUGGGCAGUGGAGACUGGCGGUAGUUGGUAGUGGUCGAGACCCAUUCUCUCUCUCCUUACGGUGCUGUCGCUUUGUCUCCGUUUAAUGAAGUACAGCUCCUUCAUGCAUGGAUUUCCUACAGGAGCGCCUGUCCAGUGCAAUGUGCUCCCAGUUGCUCGAUGUGAUGUGGAAUUUCUUCAGACUGUUCUUGAUGUUGUCCUUGAAGCGUUUCUUUGGCCCGCCGGGGGCUCACCGACCUUCCUUCAAUUGAGAGUACAGGAUGUGUUUAGGGAGACGUGUGUUGGAUGACAUGGCCAGUUCAUCGAAGUUGGUGCUGCAUUAUUGUGGUGGUGAUGCUGGUCAUGUUGGUUUCCUCUAAAAUGCUGAUGUUGGUGCGUUUGUCCUCCCAGCUGAUCCUCAGAAACGUUCGUAGGGAUCUUUGAUGGUAUUGUUCCAGGGCUCUCAGGUGCUGUAGGUGGUCCAUGAUUCAGCUCCAUACAACAUGGUGGGGAGGACAACGGCUCUGCAGACCAGCAGUUUUGUUUGUGCCUUUAGGCCUCAGUUUUCAAAGACUCUUUUCCUGAGUCUGACAUAGGCUACGCUGGCACAUCUCAGGCAAUAGUGGACCUCAGUCAAUGUCAGCUUUUGAGGAAAGAAUGCUGCCAAGGUAGGGGAAGUGGUCAACGUUUUCAAGAGUGGUGUCGUCCACUUUUAUAGUGGGCUGGGUAGACGGCUGGUUGGGUGGUGGUUGAUGUGGGACCUGGGUCUUCUUGAUGUUUAAGGCUAAGCUCAUGGCUCUGUAUGCCUUGGCAAAGACAUUCAGGAUGUCCUGUAGGUCUUCUGCAGAGUGUGCUACAAUGGCGCAGUCGUCCACGCACUGAAGCUCCAUGAUGGCGGUGUUACUGACUUUGCUCUUGGUCUUCACCCUAUUGAGGUUGAAGAACCACCGUCUGUUCUGCCGAGGAUUGGGAACCCCUGCGGCAGCUCUUUACCAAUGAGGUGAAGUAUGGCAGCAAUGAAGAUGACAAACAGGGUGGGUGCAAUGAUACAUCCCUGUUUGACCCCGGUUCCACAGUGAAGGGCUCGGACUCAGAGCCGCAGUUGCUGAGCACUGUGACCAACAUGCCAUCAUGUAGAAGCUUCAAUAUUCUGAUGUACUUGUCGUGACAACCGUACCAACUAAUAUAUGGUACGUUAUCUCACACUAUUUCUUAAGUUUUGGUUGAUCAGUCCAAGGACAAUGACGUCAUUUAAGUAAUUACAAUGGAAUAUUAAUCUGCUGCAUAAUCCAAAAUAAUUCCAGGACAAAUUAUAUUUAAUAAAUUCCAGAUUGUUAACUUCACUUUAAAGGACUUAAUUUAAGUGUAUGCAUUAAAAUAAUUACAUCGCAGAACAUUAGAGAAAAAUUAUUCCUCAAUGACGAUAUAUUGAUCCUCAUCCAUAAAUAGAGUAGCACAUUUUCAGCGUUUGUGUGAAAUGACAGAAGUGAGUCUCUUAACUUCUGCGAAGUAAACAUUUAACAGUGAUACAUCAGCCUCUCAAGCAAGAGAACAUCAAUAUGAUUAAAUUCGCAGUGAGCAGCACAGUUGUAACUUCAAAGAACCAACAAACUAAUCUUCCUCAGCCAUUCAUUCAUUCGCAGGCCAAAUCCAGGCUCUGAGAUAAUUACCAGCAGUCACUGAAGCUCCUUUUUUACCAAUACUGGUAAACACAAGGAAAAGUUGAUAACAGAUAAUUAAAUUGCUUGUGGUUUCUUUUGAGAUUUUGGAUGACAUUUAUGAUUUAUGAACCUGUUGCUGGAGAUUGAAACAAUUAAAACAGCAAUGCAGUGGAGUUUUAUUUGGGGCCAAUAAAAUUACCCACUUUUUUGACAGUGGCAGGAUAUUUUAAACCUUCUUUUCAUGAAGUAAGACUUCAUCUGGAGGGUGAAAGAUGCAGCCCCCUUAACUGUCACUUAACCGAAGAAUGCAGCUUUACCAAGUUUUUCUUUCUUGGUUUUGGUUUAAAAUUGAUUGUAAAAUAACAAGAAUCUCAACGCUUUUCAUUUCUUUCACGUUAUUUUAAUAUUCUGCUGUUGUGCAAAUUUUGAGGUCUGUUGAGUUAAUAAUGGGGCAAAUGUAAAAAUAAAAUUAGGCUGAUACAUAGUUUAAAGAAAAACUAUAAUUUUUUCACAGUAUAGAAAUCACUAUUUUAAAAUAAUAAAGACUUUGUAAAGAAUUUAAAAGAUGAAAUAGAUGAUUCUUACUUUAUAUUGGUUGCACUUCAUACUUUAUGUUAAAAGAAAUUAAGUGGCAAAAUAUUUAACAUUUACCUCCCAAUAAAAUUAACCCAAUAGCAGGUUGCAUGGUUAGUAACAUGGAAAAUACUCCAUACUUAACUGCAUCAGUCAGUGGUCUUUUAUCAUUGAGGCAAUUGAAUUAUUGAUACAUUAUGUCACUUGUAAAAAAACAUAGAAUCUUUAUUUCUGGUAUUGUCUUUCUUGAUACAGAUUAUAUUUUUCUCUUAAAAAUAAUUAAGAACCUGUUCUUUUAAUGGAGAAUGUAUAUUAGAAAGAUAGCUCCUGUAUGAAAUGUAUUUUAUCACCAGAUAAACAGCAAAUAAAGAUGGCUGUUAUAUCA